CUGUAAGCGGAGAUUACGCUUUAGCACUAUUUAUGCGAUUAUUAUCACCGAAAUAAAAAUUUGCUUUUUUUUUUUCAUAAUAUUCAAUCAAGUAAAAUGUUAGAUAAAAACGAUCCUUCUACAUUCAAUCAUCAAUAUGUUCAAGUAAAUGGCAUUCGUAUGCAUUAUAUUGAUGAGAACUCUACUUCUGAUAAAGCUUUAUUACUUAUUCAUGGUUGGCCUGACCUUUGGCUUGGCUGGAGAGAACAAAUCCCUUUCCUUGUAGAACUUGGAUACCGUGUUAUUGUACCUUCUUUACGUGGCUUUGGGGAAACUGAUGCACCUGAAGAUCCUGCUAAAUAUGGUUUUGCUACAGUUUCCAAGGAUUUGGUUGAUCUUUUGGAUCAUCUUGAAAUUCCUACUGUUACUGUUAUUGGUCAUGAUUGGGGAGGAAUGGUUACAUGGCGUUUUGGCCAGUUCUAUCCUAAUCGAGUAAAGGCAUUAGCUAGCUUCUGUACACCUUACGUCCCACCUGCUAAACAAGAAGUGACACUUGAACAAAUUGUUCAAGUUUUACCUAAUUUUAAAUACCAACUCUAUCUCUGUACACCAGAGGCUGAAAAGGAUAUUAACAAUAAUGUCGCCAAGUUUUUCCAUCGUAUUUUCCGUACCAUUGAUGAGAUGGGUAACGAACGUUUGAUUGAUCCUGAAACACAUUCUUUGGCUGAAGGUCGAGAAGAUGUUCCUCGCAGCCAACAUGUCUCUGAAAAGGUCAUGGAUUACUAUGUCGAAUGGUAUAAGAAACGUGGCGCACGUGGUGGAUUAAACUGGUAUAAGCAAACACAUAAUAACUUUGUUCAAUGUAAGGAUUUGGAUCCUAUCAUCAGAAAGCCCUCCAUGAUGGUUGUUGCUGAGCUCGAUAAGGCCUUACCUCCUUCCAUGGCUCAAAAUAUGCCUAACUACAUACCUGGUGUUGAAAUCAAUUUUGUUGCUGGAUCUGGUCAUUGGAUCUUAUGGGAGAAGCCCUCUGAAUGUAAUCAAUAUUUGAAAAACUUCCUUUCACGAAUUGAUUCUGCCAACAAACUGUAAACAAUUAUUUUUCAUUAUAUAUAUCAAUAAAACAAAUACUUUUUUUGUUUUAAAAAAUA